AUGAAGGGCCAGAAUAUUCGAGUGGAUGUGGCUCUCGAGGACGUUCGGAUUAUGAAGGAGUCCUACGCCCUCUACGGCGUGCUGAUCAGGAUUGUUCGACAGGAUUCAGGGCAUGGACCGGAACAAGUGUACGAGCAACACGUAUAUAGACGGUAUUCCGAGUUUCUGGACCUGAAGAACAAGCUGGAGAAGCAAUUCGGUGCGGAGCUGCCUUAUGAGUUGCCGGGUCGCAGGUUUGGCUGGAAGAGAAGUGCUGUCGAUCCUUACAUCAUCGAGGAAAGAAAGACACAGCUGGCCAAGUUUCUCAAGGAUAUGCUCAACGAUUCGUUCGACACCAAAUGGAAAAACUCCGAACAUGUCUCCAAGUUUCUUAAACUAUCUGCAGGCUGGAACGCAACUGCUGGUGAGUCCGGCAGUCGGAACGUGCAUCAGACCCAUUCGCUUGAUCUUAGUGAUGCAGCACAGUGGAUGACCAAGCUGAAGGACUCGAAGACGAUCCUGGAGCAGGCCAGGCGCGCGGGGAGCUCUGAGAGGUCAAAGCUCUUGAUGGAGCUGCGUCUUGAUCUGUACAACAUGGAAGCUGGACUACGGGAGCAAAGCCAAUCCCGGCAGAUAGGAGAAACCGAGGCAGAAAGGCGAUCCAAUCUGCUGUCCACCCUGAAGCGUGACGUCAAUGAAAUGGCGCUUGAACAGGCUCAUGACGCGGACAGCUACUCAGGUUCUGGAAGAGAGCCCACCGCCGAUGAUGACGACCGAGUAAGAAGCGCAUUGUUCCCGGAUUCUGUUGCGCAGAGAUCUCCCAAGAAACCUCUAGCCGGUCGGCGGAAGUUUGGUGAGACCGGUGAGACCGAGCAGCUCGAUAACCGGCAACUUCUGCAACUGCAUAAGUCCAAGAUGCAGGACCAAGAUAAGGAACUGGAAGAGAUGCGCAAGAUUAUCCAAAGACAGAAAAACCUCUCAAUAGAAAUGAACCAGGAACUAGCACAACAGAAUGAUCUACUAGACCUGCUGGGAAACGACGUUGACGAUACAGCGACGAGGCUUCGUGUUGCCAACAGAAAGGCCAAGCAGUUUAACAGCGACUAG